GGAAAUGGAUAUAGCCCAAUGCCACUUGAUCUCUCUAAUGUGGUGCUUUCUAGGGAGCUUCAGGGAAUGGUUGAGGUAAUGGCAGAAAACUACCAUAAUAUAUGGGCCAAAAAGAAGAAAACGGAGUUGGAAAGCAAAGGUGGAGGUAGUCAUCCUUUAUUGGUACCUUAUGACACGUUGACAGCCAAGGAGAAAGCACGGGACCGUGAAAAGGCACAAGAGCUGUUUAAAUUCCUUCAAGUCAAUGGUAUAAUCAUAUCUCGGGGUCUGAAUGACAUGGAGUUGGAUGCUUCAUCCAUGGAAAAGAGGUUUGCCUUUAAGUUUCUGAAGAAAAUUUUGAAAUAUGUUGAUUCUGCUCAAGAGUUUAUUGCGCAUUUGGAAGCCAUUGUAACCAGUGGAAAAACUGAGAAAUCUCCACAUGACCAAGAGAUAAAAUUCUUUGCCAAAGUUCUUUUACCAUUAGUUGAUCAGUACUUUACAAAUCACUGCCUCUACUUCCUGUCUUCUCCAACAAAAACACUCAGUAGCAGUGGAUAUGCAUCAAAUAAGGAAAAGGAAAUGGUAGCAAGCCUGUUCUGCAAACUAGCUGCUCUUGUUAGACAUAGGAUCUCACUUUUUGGUAGCGAUUCUGCUACAAUGGUGAACUGCCUGCACAUCUUAGCUCAGUCUCUCGACACACGAACUGUUAUGAAAUCAGGAUCUGAGCUUGUUAAAGCUGGAUUGCGUGCCUUUUUUGAAAACGCAGCUGAAGACCUGGAAAAAACUUCAGAAAAUCUUAAACUUGGAAAAUUUACCCAUUCACGAACACAAAUCAAGGGUGUUUCACAGAAUAUCAAUUACACUACAGUAGCAUUGUUACCGAUCUUGACAUCAAUUUUUGAACAUAUUUCACAAUAUCAGUUUGGAAUUGAUUUACUUUUGGGUGAUGUACAGGUUUCAUGUUACAGAAUUCUUUGUAGCCUCUAUUCCCUUGGGACUGGGAAGAACAUCUAUGUUGAAAGGCAACGUCCUGCACUUGGUGAGUGCUUAGCAUCUCUUGCAGCAGCCAUUCCAGUAGCAUUCCUUGAACCAUCUCUCAACCAUUACAACCCCUUGUCUGUCUUCAACACAAAAAGUGCCAGAGAAAGAGCAAUUUUAGGUAUGCCUGAUACAGUAGAAGAGAUGUGUCCAGAGAUCCCUCAGUUGGAUGGACUAAUAAAGGAAAUUAAUGAUUUAGCAGAGUCUGGAGCAAGGUAUACUGAAAUGCCUCAUGUAAUUGAGGUUAUCUUACCUAUGCUGUGCAACUAUUUAUCCUACUGGUGGGAAAGAGGGUCUGAGAGCAUUCCUCAAAGUACUGGGCCUUGCUGUACAAUGGUAACAUCUGAGCAUCUGAGCAUCAUUCUUGGAAACAUUCUGAAAAUCAUUAACAACAAUCUGGGAAUAGAUGAAGCAUCUUGGAUGAAAAGAAUUGCAGUUUAUGCUCAACCCAUCAUCAGCAAAGCCAGGCCUGAUCUGCUUAAAACUCAUUUUAUUCCAACACUGGAGAAACUGAAAAAGAAAGCUAUAAAGAUCGUGAUGGAAGAGGAGCAAUUGAGAGCAGAUAGUAAAACUGACACCCAGGAAGCUGAGCUACUCAUUCUUGAUGAGUUUGCUGUUCUUUGUAGAGACCUUUACGCCUUCUAUCCAAUGUUGAUACGUUAUGUAGACAACAACAGAGCCAAUUGGCUAAAGAAACCAGAUGCAGAUUCUGAUGAACUCUUUCGAAUGGUAGCUGAAGUUUUUAUCCUGUGGUGUAAAUCACAUAAUUUCAAAAGAGAAGAACAAAAUUUUGUGAUUCAGAAUGAAAUCAACAAUUUGGCAUUUUUAACAGGAGACACCAAGAGCAAGAUGUCUAAAGCCAUGCAAGUAAAGUCUGGAGGACAAGAUCAAGAGAGAAAGAAAUCAAAACGUAGAGGAGAUUUGUACUCCAUACAAACAUCCUUGAUUGUAGCUGCACUUAAAAAGAUGCUUCCUAUUGGUUUGAAUAUGUGUACUCCUGGAGAUCAAGAGCUCAUCUCUUUGGCUAAGAUUAGAUACAGCCAUAGGGACACUGAUGAUGAAGUCAAAGAACAUUUACGUAACAACUUACAUUUGCAGGAAAAGUCUGAUGAUCCAGCUGUGAAAUGGCAGUUAAAUCUAUACAAAGACAUUUUGAAGAGUGAUGAACCUACUGACCCUGAGAGAAAUGUGGAACGUGUGCAGAGGAUAUCAGCUGCUCUGUAUCAUCUGGAACAGGUUGAACAACCACUGAGAUCAAAGAAAGCUGUUUGGCACAAGCUCCUGUCAAAGCAACGCAAAAGGGCUGUUGUUGCGUGUUUCAGAAUGGCACCGUUGUACAACCUGCCAAGGCACCGUUCUAUUAACCUCUUCCUCCAUGGCUAUCAGAACUAUUGGAUAGAAACAGAGGAAUAUUCAUUUGAGGAGAAACUAGUUCAGGAUUUGGCUAAACCUCCAAAAAAAGAUGAAGAGGAAGAGGAAGAGACCGAGAAAAAACAGCCUGAUCCACUUCAUCAGAUUAUCCUCUACUUUAGUCGCAGUGCUCUCAUAGAGAGAAGCAAACUAGAAGAUGAUCCUUUAUAUAUUGCCUAUUCUGCCAUGAUGGCAAAGAGCUGUCAGGAAGAAGAAGAAGAGGAAGAAGAAGAAAAAGAAAAGACAUUUGAGGAGAAAGAAAUGGAAAAACAGAGAACUCUCUAUCAGCAAGCUCGCUUACAUGAUCGUGGAGCUGCUGAGAUGGUCCUUCAGAUGAUCAGUGCAAGUAAAGGUCAUACAGGGCCCAUGGUUGUUGAAACACUGAAACUUGGUAUAGCUAUUCUAAAUGGUGGGAAUACCAUAGUUCAACAGAAAAUGCUAGACUACCUGAAGGAGAAAAAGGAUGCUGGAUUUUUUCAAAGUCUCUCUGGCUUGAUGCAGUCCUGCAGUGUUCUUGACUUGAAUGCGUUUGAGAGACAAAAUAAAGCAGAAGGCCUGGGAAUGGUUACUGAAGAAGGAACUCUCAUCGUUCGUGAGCGUGGUGAAAAAGUGUUGCAGCAUGAUGAAUUUACUCGAGAUCUAUUUAGAUUUUUACAACUGCUCUGUGAAGGGCAUAACAAUGAUUUUCAAAAUUACCUACGUACUCAAAUGGGCAACACCACAACAGUGAAUAUUAUCAUUAGUACAGUAGACUACCUCUUGCGUCUUCAGGAAUCAAUUAGUGACUUCUAUUGGUACUAUUCAGGAAAGGAUGUAAUUGAUGAAUCAGGACAACGUAACUUCUCUAAAGCUUUAGCUGUCACCAAACAAAUAUUCAAUUCCCUUACGGAAUAUAUCCAGGGCCCUUGCAUAGGUAAUCAACAGAGUCUGGCCCAUAGUAGGCUGUGGGAUGCAGUUGUUGGCUUUCUUCAUGUCUUUGCCAAUAUGCAGAUGAAACUUUCGCAGGACUCUGCUCAGAUUGAAUUGCUUAAAGAACUGCUAGAUCUGCUAAAGGAUAUGGUAGUGAUGCUCUUGUCACUACUUGAAGGUAACGUUGUAAAUGGAACUAUUGGAAAACAAAUGGUAGACACGCUUGUAGAAUCAUCUAGCAACGUAGAAAUGAUUUUGAAGUUCUUUGACAUGUUCCUCAAGUUAAAAGAUCUGACUAACUCAGAUGCUUUCAAAGAGCAUGACCCAGAUGGUAAAGGCAUCAUUUCAAAGAAGGAAUUCCAGAAAUCAAUGGAGGCUCAAAAACAAUACAUACAGUCAGAGAUUGAAAAGUCCUGUGCAGAAGCUGAUGAAAAUGAUAUGUUUAACUAUGUUGAUUUUGUGGAAAGAUUCCAUGAACCAGCCAAAGACAUUGGAUUUAAUGUAGCAGUAUUGCUAACAAACCUUUCAGAGCACAUGCCUAACGAUUCACGCCUUCAGAGCUUACUUGAACCUGCGGAAAGUGUUCUUAAUUACUUUGAACCAUACCUUGGUCGUAUUGAAAUAAUGGGUGGAGCCAAGAAAAUAGAAAGAGUUUACUUUGAAAUCAGUGAAUCCAGUAGAAUGCAGUGGGAGAAGCCACAGGUGAAGGAAUCCAAAAGGCAGUUCAUAUUUGAUGUUGUAAAUGAAGGUGGAGAGCAAGAAAAAAUGGAACUCUUUGUGAAUUUCUGUGAAGACACGAUCUUUGAAAUGCAGUUGGCAUCCCAAAUCUCUGAAACUGAUUCAUCUGAGAGGCCUGAGGAUGAGGAGGAGGCAGAGCCAUGUUAUGUAGUGGAUAUCGGAGACGAUGAGGAAGAAAAGUCCCUGGAAUCUGCUUCAGCUUUUGCAAUGGCCUGUGUUGCAGUGAAGAAGAAUAUUGCAAACUUUUUCAAAAUGGUCACUGUGAAGAACCUAAGGAAACAAUAUAGGAAAGUUAGAAAGAUGACAGUAAAAGAGAUGGUGAAAGUGUUUUUCUCCUUUUUCUGGAUCCUAUUUGUAGGUGUGUUCCAGCUGUUCUUUACUAUAGUCUGGGGAAUUUUCCAGAUUCUUUGGAGCACUGUAUUUGGGGGUGGCCUGGUUGAAGGAGCCAAAAACAUUAAAGUUACUAAAAUAUUAGGGGACAUGCCUGACCCAACACAGUUUGGAAUCCAUGAUGAUGUUAUGGAAGCAGAAAAAGCUGAAGGUGCUGAGCACGGCAUCAGAGCUGAACUUGUGCAGUUUGUGAAAGGUGAAAAGGCAGAAACUGACAUCAUCUCAGACAUUUUUGGCAUUCAUACAAAGAAAGAAGGUGGCUCAAAACACGUUCAUGAUGCUGGACUUGGAGAUAUUGCAGAAAUCCUUGGUAGUGAUAUCCAGUCAUCUUUGGAAAACACAGCUCGUAAGAAAAAAGGAUUACAGAUAUCUGAAAUUGCAAAAGCUGAAACAGAAAGAAAAGCAGAAGCUGAGAAGGCUGACAUGGAAGAUGGUGAGAAACAAGAUAAAGCAAAGGAAGUACAAUCCGAGCAGCUAGAAGAGGGAAAAAUGAAGAAAAAGAAGCGAAGGCAUGGACAAAAAAUUGAGAAACCAGAGGCUGUUAUGGCUAACUUCUUCAAAGCUUUGGAAAUUUAUCAAACAAAAAUGCUCCACUACUUGGCAAGAAAUUUUUAUAACUUGAGGUUUCUUGCUUUAUUUGUUGCAUUUGCCAUCAACUUUAUUCUUCUAUUUUACAAGGUGACAGAAGAGCCACUUGAUGAGGUAGAGGAAGACUCUAAUCUCUGGAACUCUUUUGAUGAAGAGGAGGAGGAGGAAGGCAUGGUGUUUUUUGUUUUAGAAGAAAGUACGGGUUACAUGGCACCUGCUCUCAGAGCGCUGGCAGUUAUUCAUACUAUCAUCUCCUUUGUCUGUGUGAUUGGAUACUAUUGCUUAAAGGUCCCGCUGGUUGUAUUCAAGAGAGAAAAGGAGGUAGCGAGAAAGCUGGAAUUUGACGGGCUAUACAUAACUGAACAGCCAUCCGAAGAUGAUAUUAAAGGGCAGUGGGAUCGCCUGGUUAUAAACACUCCGUCCUUUCCUAACAAUUACUGGGACAAAUUUGUAAAGCGGAAGGUUAUUAACAAGUACGGAGACUUAUAUGGAGCAGAGCGCAUUGCAGAGCUUCUGGGUUUGGACAAAAGUGCCCUUGAUUUUAGUCCGGUGGAAGAGAGUGAACCAGAAGAGGCAUCUCUUGUAUCAUGGUUAAGCUCCAUUGAUACAAAGUACCACAUCUGGAAGCUCGGAGUUGUUUUCACAGAUAAUUCCUUUCUAUACUUAGCUUGGUACACGACUAUGUCCAUCCUUGGGCACUACAACAACUUCUUCUUUGCUGCUCAUCUGCUGGACAUUGCUAUGGGUUUCAAGACACUGCGAACCAUUUUGUCUUCAGUCACUCACAAUGGCAAACAGCUUGUGCUGACUGUGGGCCUCCUCGCUGUAGUAGUGUAUCUUUACACUGUUGUGGCAUUCAACUUCUUCCGCAAAUUCUACAACAAAAGCGAAGAUGAAGAUGAACCAGACAUGAAAUGUGAUGACAUGAUGACGUGUUACUUGUUCCACAUGUAUGUGGGUGUAAGAGCUGGUGGUGGCAUUGGAGAUGAAAUUGAGGAUCCUGCUGGAGACCCUUAUGAAAUGUAUCGAAUUGUCUUUGACAUCACAUUUUUCUUCUUUGUCAUCGUUAUCCUACUGGCCAUUAUUCAAGGUCUGAUUAUUGAUGCUUUCGGUGAAUUAAGAGACCAGCAAGAACAAGUGAGAGAAGAUAUGGAGACCAAAUGUUUUAUUUGUGGAAUCGGCAAUGACUAUUUUGACACAACCCCGCAUGGCUUUGAAACACAUACUUUGCAAGAACACAACUUGGCAAACUAUCUGUUCUUUUUAAUGUAUCUCAUUAACAAGGAUGAAACUGAGCAUACUGGCCAGGAGUCGUUUGUGUGGAAGAUGUACCAAGAAAGAUGUUGGGACUUUUUCCCAGCAGGGGACUGCUUCCGGAAACAGUAUGAGGAUCAACUUGGCUAACAGUAUUACAAAAGAAAUUAUUUAUUCAUGAACUGUUAAGAUGCAGCAUACAAAACAACUUCUUUUCUUUUCAUGGUGUAAUUUCACAGCUUGUAUUUGCUUUAAAUGUCUUUAAACUUCAAGACAUACAUAAAAUUUGACACUGUUUCAUAGGCUUUUUGUACCUACCACAUACGAAACAGGUCUUUUGUUGGAAUUUUAAUUAGAAGAGAGAAAACUAUGCCAGAUUAACUUAAGCCUUCCAGCUCAAACACGGUCUGAAAUUACAACAACUUUUUAACCACAUCACUAACCUAGUGUUUGGCAGUACAGUUGAAAGGGCUAAAAGGUGUCUUAAUUGCACAACAUUUGACGUUUAAGAACUUGAACAUCAGAGGCCAUGCCUCAGAAAAAACACUUUAACUGCUGUCCAGUUUUUCCCCCCAGUAUUUGCUAGUGAAUGUAUUAAGAUACAGCUUGAAAAGCUUUAAGCGGUUAAAAAGAAACCAUUUUCAAACACUUCGUUGACCUUGAAACAUGAAGUGCCUUAAACCCUCGGUAGACAUAGCUAUGCAAACUUUUUAUUUAUGUUGGUGUUCUAGAUGAACGGAUCCAUUAACUGUAUUGCUCUUCUGUCUUUCUGUAUGAAAUUGCACUUGAAGUUUGUUUAUAUACUACCUUCAAUAACAGCUUAUUAGAUGCUGCUGUUAAAAGACAUACACUGUAUCAAAUGAAUACAAUUGAAACCUUAGGCCAAAAUGAAACAAUGCUCUAUGGUCA